GUGAUCGGCUCCGUCAUAACCGUCCUCGCAAUCCAGUACGGCCCCCUCUGGUCCACCUCCACAGCCAAAUCCUACCUCAGCGCCAUCGCCUUCGCCGGAACCGUGGUGGGGCAGUUGCUGUUUGGUACGGGGAGUUACUACAAAGGGGACGCGGUGGGCAUGUUCAACGUGCUGACGGUGUGGAGGUUUUUUGUCGGGAUCGGGAUCGGGGGGGAGUACCCUGCGGGAAGCGUCGCGGCGGCCGAGUCGUCGGGGGAGCUGAGGAAGGGGACGAGGAAUAUGUGGUUCAUUUUGUUUACGAACAGCAUGAUUGACUGGGGCUUCGUGAUGGGGGCUUUUGUCCCCUGGCUUGUGGCGGCCGCGUGCCACAACACCAACCUGGAAGUUAUUUGGAGGACGAGUCUCGGGAUCGGGGUGGUGUUUCCGCUCAGCCUGUUUGUCCUGAGGUUUUUCCUCAAGGAGCCAGAGGAGUUCCAGAAGCACUCGAUGAAGCACGCGCGCACGCCGUACAGGCUUGUGUUUAGGUUUUAUGGCUGGAGGCUGUUUGUCGUCAGUUCUAUCUGGUUUCUGUACGACUUUUCGGCGUACUCGUUUUCGAUCUACUCGAGCACGAUCCUGGCGAACAUUUUUGACGGGGACUCUGCGCCGCUGACGACGGUUUUUGGGUGGAACACGGUGAUCAACCUGUUUUACAUCCCGGGCACGAUGCUGGGCGCUCCGGUGUCUGACUUGUUGGGUCCUAAGAGGGCGCUUGCGGUUGGGGUUUUGCUCCAGGGGGUUGUUGGGUUUGUGAUGGCGGGUUGUUACCCCUAUCUGGCGAGGCCGGAGGUGGUGGGAGGGUUUGCGGUGGUGUUUGGGAUCUUUCAGAGCCUGGGGGAGCUGGGGCCGGGGAACAAUAUUGGGGUUUUGGCUGCGAAGACUUGUGCUACGGGGGUGAGGGGGCAGUAUUAUGGGGUUGCGGCUGCGGUUGGGAAGCUGGGGGCUUUUGUGGGGACCUAUGUGUUUCCGUAUAUUGUCAAGGCUGGGGGGGGGAGCGAGGUGCUCUCGGCCCAGUAUCCGUUCUAUGUGUCGAGCGCGGGGUGUGUGUUGAGUGCGGUGCUGUGCUGGGUUUGGGUGCCGAGGGUGGAGCAGGACAUGAUCAGGGAUGAGGAUGAGAGGUUCAGGGGGUUUUUGGAGGAGAAUGGGUAUGAUACUGGGCAGCUGGGGUUGAGGAAGGAUGGGGCAGCGGUUUUGGUUGAGGAGGGGAAGUAA